GACGUCACAGUAUCGAUAACUAACCUUUUUGAGCGAUAUGUCACGCAAAAGUUUAGGUUAAGAUAUAGAAAACAGAAUAUCUUGUAAUUUAUGAAGAAUGUACGUAUUUAUCACAAAGAUGACACAAGUUAGGACGAUAUUGCAGAAUUAUGCAAAAAUCGGCAUCGGUUUGUAUGUGAGAGGCGUGAAAAAUACUGCGAAACAAAGCUACACUAAAACCGUGCUAUUGCCGCAAACUAACUUCCCGGUACGACUUGGCGGCAAGAAAAGAGUGGAGAUGGAUAAUUAUUUGAUAGAAGUAGAAAUGCGGCUUCUUGGAGUUAUACAAAUGGCAAAGGAAAAAUCUCUCUGGACCAGAUUUCAUUCUGCACGAUGGUCCACCCUAUGCCAACGGAAAACCACACAUGGGCCAUGCUAUUAACAAAAUCCUCAAGGAUAUUACUCUGCGCAGUAAAAUUAUAACAGGUAGAAGAGUACAUUAUGUUCCAGGAUGGGAUUGUCAUGGUUUACCAAUUGAACUGAAGGCAGUCAGAGAUAUAAAAGACAUCAGUCCCCUAGAGAUUCGUCAGAAAGCUCAAAAAUAUGCAAGUGAUACUAUAGGGAAACAGAGAGAAGCUUUUAUAUCAUGGGGCACUAUAGCUGACUGGAGUGAAUCGGGAUGUUAUUUCACGAAUCAUCCGUCAUAUGUGAAGAACCAGCUGCAACAGUUUAUGAAUCUGUAUGAAAAGGGACUUGUGAAAAGGGAUUUCAAACCAGUGUACUGGUCGCCUUCCUCUAAAACAGCACUAGCAGAGUCGGAAUUGGAGUAUAACGAGUCUCACAAAAGCAAAAGCAUUAUUAUUCGUAUGCAAGUCGAUACAUUGCCGUCAAAUUUAAGAAGGUUAGAGAGUUUAGAGAAGAAGCCGCUUCAUGCCCUUAUCUGGACUACGACACCAUGGACAUUGAUAGCUAAUCAAGCUAUAGCGUUCUCCAAUGACACUGUCUACUGUGUAGUAGAGGAUAACUCGAAAAAUCUGUACAUCGUUGCACAUGCAUGUAUAAAAUAUGUUGAGGAGAAGCUCGGCCCAUUAAAGCCCAUUGCAAAUAUCAAAGGACACGAGUUGGCUGAAGCGAGGUAUCUCCAUCCCAUCACCAAGAAACGUUUACCCUUCUUACCAUGCGAACAUAUUAAAACCAAUGUUGGUACUGGGCUAGUUCAUACAGCUCCAGCACAUGGUCCAGAGGACUUUGUUGUCGCAGUAGAAAAUAACAUACCAAUAAUAUCUCUAGUGAACGAAGAAGGAUGUUACACCAAAGAAGCGGGUGAUAAGUUUGCCGGUUUAAACGUGCUAUCUGACGGCGCCGAUAGGAUCUUGAAUUACAUCGCCACAGAUGUGUUGCAUACCGACACGCUCGUGCAUAGCUACCCAUAUGAUUGGCGCACCAAAAAACCUGUAAUUAUCCGCGCGAGUUACCAAUGGUUCAUAGACCUGAAUCCCAUUAAGCAGAAAGCUAUUGACAGCAUUUCGAGUAUAAAGAUAUAUCCGGAGCAAAAUCAAACGUCAUAUUUGAACGCGCUACUCGCUCAAAUUAAGCAGCGACCAUACUGGUGCAUCUCUCGACAGCGAUCCUGGGGCACGCCGAUACCAGUGUUGUACAAUAAACAAACCGGUGAUGUGUUCACGAGCAGAAAAUGGGUCGACAGAUUGUGCAAAUUGACGGAACGAUACGGUCCCGAUUAUUGGUGGGAACUGUCGACCGAGAAACUAAUCGGGCGUGAGCUUCGACAGGAAUUGCCCUAUAAUGUGGACGACUUGGAGAAAAGAACUGAUAUUAUGGAUAUCUGGUUGGAUAGCGGACUGUCGUGGUCGACUGUUUUGCCGGAAUAUAAAGCGGACUUGUACUUAGAAGGAAUGGACCAAUUUCGCGGUUGGUUUCAGUCAUCAUUGCUAACAUCCAUUGCUCUCCAAGAGCGUUCUCCUUACAGCGCAUUGUUCGUGCAUGGAUUCGCUGUAGACGAAAAAGCCGCGAAAAUGUCAAAAUCCAUCGGGAACGUUGUGGAUCCUGAACUGAUCACUAAAGGUGGAGAUGAUUCAACCAAGGAUCCAACGUAUGGCGUCGACACUCUAAGGUGGUGGGUAGCCAGUCACGCAUGCCAAAACACUCAGGUUCCGGUUACAACGGCAUUACUGCGCCAAAGUCACGAAUAUAUCCAUAAACUGCGGCAAAUCUUGCGAUUCCUGUUGGGUGGUUUACACUCAUACAACGAAGGGAACUCGGUUGAGCCGGAAUAUCUUUACCUGGACAAGUAUAUGUUGCAUGCUUUGUAUCAAUACGACAAAAAGAUUCAACAUUUAUACGACAAUUAUUUGUAUCAUAAUGUGAGUAAACUGGUCACGCAUUUUCUGGCGAACACUAUAUCGCCAGUAUACUGCCAUUUAAUUAAAGAUAGGCUCUACUGCGACGAGGCGAUGUCUCCAACGCGACUAGCUGCGGUGGAAAUAACGCGUGAGACCUUGACUGUAUUCGCGAGAUCUAUCGCGCCGAUUGUCCCACAUUUAGCAGAGGAAGCGUGGUUACACCAUCCCAUGAAUUUGGCGUCGGUGCCGUUGUAUCAUACUGAGUACAAGGUACCGGAGACGUGGAAUCAGCCGGAAAUCGCUGCACACGUGGAGAGAGCUUUGAACUUAAGGAGCAUAGUCAACACAUUGGCUGAUCAAAAUACGUGGGAAUUAUCAGGGACUAUAACAGCGUCGAAGAACGACUACGAAUCUCUCUCGAUACUUCAGAAGGACCGAGAAUCUUCCACGUCGGAAUUGUGCGAAAUUCUGCAACUGUCGUCAAUUACACUAACAGAAUCGUCCACAAUGGCCGAGACGCAAGUCAAGUUACGUAAUAUUGAGAAAACGCUUUGUCAAAGAUGUAGAAGGCAUCCCGAAUUAGACAAAAACAGACUAUGUAGCCGUUGCGUUAAAGUACUUGACAUAACGAAUUUAUCAUCGAUAUCAUUGUAAACAUAUAUUCGCUAUUUCAUAACGACUGAAAUUCUCUCA